AUGGUUGGAAAAAAAGAAAUCAGGAAGCUGACUUACAAGAUGCCUGUUGCAGUGGCCAACUCGUUUUCCUAUCAAAAAAUGCAAAUAAAAUCCGAUCAGCAUGUGUCGAUGAUGUUUUCUUACCAUCGCAGCAUAGGAAGCAUCUAUUCGUUGGAGCUUUGUCUGAAUCUUCAAGAAAUUGGUGGAAGCUCAUCCAGUUCGAAUAAUGUGGAGGGUGUGAGAAAUGUUGGGGCGGCUGAUUUUGUUCUGGCUCGGGAUACUAGUAGGGCCUCAAGUCCAAGUUUCAACGCGUUCGUCCCGCGGGAACAGAGUGCUGGUAUUCGUGUAGCACGCCCCGCCCCUUCUACACAUUUUGGGGUCGAUAUGGUUCUUGAUGAUGCUAUUGCAGAUUCGUCUGACGAGGAUGACAUUGAAGAUUUCAGUGAUGGUGAGGCAGAAGCCGUUCCGGAGACGCAGCCUCUGCAUGAAAAUGCUGUUCCGGCAACACGGGUUGAACCGGUAGGUGGUGGUGUAUCAUCAACCACUCCAGCACACUACCUGUCCCUAAAUCUUGGAGCAAUGCAUUCCAGUAACGCAGAGGACGGACCGAGCAACUACCCUUUGUCAGGAGAGAUGGAGCUCGAGAUUGGGUUAAAAUUUCCUAAUCGGGAAACAGCGAUGCUAGCAGUCAAAAACUACAACAUCCUCAGGAGUGCAGAAUAUAAGGUGGUAGAGUCAGACCAAACUAGGUACGUAUGUCGAUGCAAGCAGUUCGGGGAUCAAUGUCGCUGGAUGGUACGGGUUGCGAAGACGAGAUCCUCUAGAUUUUGGGAAAUCCAUAAGUACGUAGGGCCUCACAGUUGCUUGGCAAGUUCAAUGUCUCAAGACCACGCUCAACUUGACAGCAAUGUCAUCUGUCAGCACAUAUUUCCCAUGGUGCAUGCUGAUGCAACAAUAUGUGUAAAGGUAUUGCAAGGAUCGGUAGAGUCAGCGUACGGUUACAAGGUGUCAUACAAGAAGGUUUGGCACGCGAAGCAAAAGGCAAUCGCAAGGAUCUAUGGCGAUUGGGACGAGUCGUAUGACCAGCUGCGUAGAUACCUCACUGCUCUGCAGGCUUUCGUCCCAGCUUUUAGGCACUGUAAACCACUGGUGUCAGUGGAUGGAACACACCUGUAUGGUAAGUACGCAGGCACCCUUCUCAUGGGCAUAGCACAGGACGGCAAUAACAACAUUCUACCGGUGGCUUUCGCACUAGUUGAGAGAGAGAACACAGAUUCAUGGUACUUCUUCCUCACCAAUUUGAGGAGGCAUGUCGCAACUCGGCCAGGAGUUCUGCUUAUAUCCGACAGGCAUGCGGCAAUAAAGGCCGCAUUGGAGCGUGAGGGGUGUGGAUGGGAACACAAUGUGUAUUGUGUACGACAUAUUGCCUCCAACUUCGCAACCAGUUUCAAGAGUAAGGAAGCCAAAAGACACCUGGUGAAUGCUGCAUAUUCGAAAACGCAAGAGCAGUCGCAGUACUACCUAGAGCUUAUUAGUAGCGAAGAUCCGGUUACAUCUCCGCAGAUGAUGGAGUGGAUCCAAGGGUUAGAGCCACCUAAAUGGCUGCAGCACCUUGAUGAGGGCCGGCGAUAUGGUCACAUGACAACCAAUCUUUCUGAGUGUAUCAACUCCGUGCUGAAGGGUACUAGAAAUCUACCAGUCUGUGCAAUUGUGAAGUCUACUUACCAUCGCCUGAAUGAGUUGUUCGUCCUCAAGGGUCGGCAAGCACAAGCGCAGAUUGCAAGCGGUCAGGUGUUCUCAUAG